CGUCCUGUAUGGAUAAUUAGGAUUUGUAUGAAAUAGAGCAUGAAACUUCCGUAUGUAAAGUAUCGAUAUCAUUGUUGAUUUAAAGCACCAUGCUCACCACACAAGAAAAAUUGACGACAAUAGCUCUGUUUUUUCUUAUUAUUGGAUUUCUGUUCACUACUGUGGCAUUUUCGACCACGGGUUGGCUGGAAAUACUUCACAAAGGUCGUAAAUUCCACAUUGGCUUGUGGCGAGUUUGUGAACGGCGGUGUUACAACCUUGAUGGGAUAGUAUUAAAUUGGUGGGGUUAUGUGCAGACCACUGGCUGUGUGGGAUUGGUAGGAACACUGUGUGCUACCAUUCUCACUGCUGUGUGUAUCUAUGUAGAGCGGUUUCAGUGGAACAACAAACUCCUUAGAUUUGCAGCCAUCGUGACCAUACUAACAUGGAUAAUGGAAGUCUCGGGAUGCGUGACGUUUGUUGUGUCGUGGAUACGUACAUCGCCAGACUAUGGAGCGAAUGAUGAUCUUUUUUAUCUUGGACUACCCACACUGACCACUGACAGAACGGACUUGUCCUAUAGUCUAGUUUUUGCCAUUCUUGGUGCUCAAUUAACUCUUGUUGGCGGCAUAAUGUUAUUUCACGUGCUGCAGAAGAUAGAAGAAUGUUCAAAAGAAACGAUUCGUAAGGGAUCUGGGUCCACUUCCUUUACACCCGAAAUACGAGCAUCAUGAAUCACAACCGAGUGGCUUUCAUAUUGUUAACAUGAACCAAAUCCCUUAACUGUCAAAACGUCGCCGUUGAGCCUACUUAUAGUAGAGUGCCAAUAGAAAUGAAAAUAUUUUAUGGAAUUGUGAUUUUCAUAUUGAAAAAAUAAAGCAGAUUUAUUUAA